AUGGAGCCGCUCGCUGCCCUGGGAAUUGCUGGGAACAUCAUACAGAUAGUGGACUUCGCCUCUAGCCUUGUGUCGCGUAGCCACGAGCUUUAUCAGUCAGCUGAUGGCAAGCUUGCCGAUCAUACAGUGCUGCAUAGUGCUGCGCAAAACCUUCUGGGGUUGUGCGACGAGUUGCGCCUUCUCGAUCCGCAAGGUGAGCCCGAGCCUGCUGGUGUCGACUUCAUGUACGCGCCUACCACACCUAAAGGACCUCCCAAGCUCUCUGCUGCCGAUGCCCGACUUGUUCAGCUUAUGAAAGACUGCGAAGCUGCCGCGAACAAGCUUCGCGACGCUUUAAACAAAGCAAGCGGAAGCAGCCAUAGCAACGCGUGGAAAAGUGUUUAUCAAGCCUUAAAGAGUAUACACAGCGAUCAGGAGAUUACCAAACUUGCUAGCCAGCUUGACGGCAUCCGGAAGCAGGUGGAUAGUACUGUGCUGGUGUCGAUUCGUUCCCUAGCAACCUACGUGGGUUUCGAAUGCGGAAGGAUCAAAGAGACAUGA